AUGGAGAAGCUUGUUUUCAAUAUCUUGAACCGAAUGUACUGUCUUCUUACUAACUUCAGGCAAAAGCCUCUCACGAAUCCUCCGUGGAACUCUCGUCACCGCCGGAGGAAUCUCCUUCACGAUUUCGAGAAAUCGAUCUUUCUCCAUUGUUUAGAUCAAAUCAGUGAACGAUCUCAGGAAAGAGAGGAGGAAGAAGAAGACGAAGACCUCUGGAGUUGCUUGGGACCUCUGGAGGCUUUUCUCGGUGCUGGAGCUUCCAGGCAGCUACGAGUUAACAAACAGGCGGCGGUGGUGGCUGCAACAAGGAAUGGUAGUUGGAAUUUGCCGGCGGCAAGAUCUCACAGUGUUGAGACUCUCCACAUCACCUUGACUUCAAUCUCUCCACCGCAAAGCGAACUUGGUCCUGACCGCCAUCUCUGGAUACAAGGAAAUGGAGAUUUCGGGGACACCUUCUCUUCCAAAGUCACUUGGGAGCUCCUCCGUAACCCUGCUCCUAUAGUUCCGUGGAGUCCUGUGGUCUGGUUUAAGGAACAUGUUCCCCGGAACUCUUUCAUUGCCUGGUUGGCUCUGCUUCGUCGUUUACCCACAAGAGACAGGCUGCGUAGGUGGGGAAUGUCAGUCCCUGAGACGUGUGUGCUCUGUUCUUCUGGUAUAGAAACUCACCAUCAUCUCUUCUUCGAGUGUGCUUUCUCAUCCAGUAUCUGGUCGUUCUUCGCCUCGCGAGUCUUUCCAUCUCCUCCCGCCGAUCUCCAUUCAGCCGCCUCUUGGAUAGCUCUUCAUAGAGCCCCGUCCUCUCCGUCAGCGAAUCCGUUAAUCAAGCUGAUUUUUCAGGCCUCAAUCUACCUAAUCUGGAAGGAACAGAAUCAGCGGAUCUUCAAAGCGGAAUUUGCUUCCGGCGGAACUAUCCGACGAUCACUUGACCGCUUUCUGCGUGACCGGUUGCUGUCUUUCCCGACAAGGAACCCGCUUGAUCCUUCAAUGCUGGAGUUUUAUUUUACGUGUAUUAGACCUCCUUGA